AUGUCGUCCCAGGCGACUACUCAGGAUGGAGAAGGCUAUGAGGACCCUUCCAGGCUGAUGAGCAAAGAGGACGUACGCGGAAUCUGUGAAGUCGUCGGGCUUCCGAAAGAGUCAGUCAACAACCAUGAGCCGAUGCCUGAGCCAUUGCGGCUGGGUGCUGGAAGAGUUCGGGCUUUCGACAAAGGCAGGUUCUACAUUAAAUUCUGGAGACUGAAUCUAACGGACCAAAUCGAUCAAUCCAUCAAGACCUUGAGGGAGAGAGGACUUAGGGCAAAGAGUCAUGCGCUAUCGCUCUACCCUACUCUUCUGAUGCACGAGAACAUUGAUGCUCCAACAUGGGCAGAAAGAUUUUCCAAAAGCGACUUUGAUUAUUACGCAGAAAUGGCGCGAAACAAGGAGCUAGUCGACAGAUCUACCCUGGCAGAGUACUACAAAUUGAUGGCGUAUGAGUAUGCCAUGGAGGCCAUGAACGAGUACCUGGAGCCAAGAGAAGCAGAGCGUGCGAAAGCUUCAGGAGCCGGAUUCCGAACCAACAUUCAAUGUUUUACAGAGGCAGCGCGAGAACAAGGAGGAGUGCUUGCACUUUGGGAGCAUGUGGCCAAAUUGCACCAUUCUGAUGAAAGUUUUCAAAAGUGGUGGACCCGAGCUGCGUUUGCUCGAGGACAUGCUGAAUGGUUGUUGAAAGAGCCUUAUAAGAAAUAUCACGGACAAUCUAGCAAACCCCAAGAUCCCAUCGAGCCAUGGAGACUCUGGCCUCCAAGGUCUCCUCGUCAGUCCACCCAAGAUUGCGUUCCAAACUUCCUGCAAGGCCUGUGGGGCCCCAACGACUUCUAUCGGACAACUUACUGGCUAUCUCACCACACUUUGACCGAGGCAGAAUAUCAGUUAACGGGCCGCAUGCCUCUGUCAAGUCUAUUUGGCGCACCGGAUUUUGUCUUUUUAGAAACCUCAGAAAUGGGAUGGGCACAGGAGCUUUUUGGCCUCUUUUCCGACUUUGCCGUUCGGUCGGCGUUCGAGAAACAGACGUUGUUUAGGCAGAGGUACCUCCGAAAGGGAGUCUACGACACGCUGCCAGCUUCGGCUAGCGCCUACCACAAAGCUUUGGCAAUCUGUGCAGAUGACGUUGUAUACGAACGUGCCAUAGAGCUGACUCUCAAAGUUAACUUGAAAGCUGAUGUGGAUAUCAAGAACAGCCCUGCUGAGAGAGACAUUGAGAAUCUCAGGAGAGAUAUUCAGUUGAUCACGGCCCGGAGAGCGACAAUGACUCGACAAGAAUCAAAACUAUGCGGAUUCCAGAAGGCCGUGUCCGACAUUAUCCACCAUUACUCAGACCGAAUCUGCAACUCGAAUACUCGAGCAAGCUUCAUGGUCGUCCUCGCUCUGCAAUUGGAACUCCGACAACUUCUGUCCCCCUGGCUACUGGUCAAGGCAUUCAUGAGCGUAGGGGGCAAGUGGAAAUGGGGUCUCAGCCCACCCGGACAGCCAGUCCAGGCACCACAGCCGAGUUCUGGACUCGAAACUAUCCCUUCAUUCGUUGAAAUGGGUCGUAUCAUGUUCAUAGAUCUCAAACUCGAAACGAUACGUGCGCAGAUUCUGAGGAACGAAACUUUACAAGGCGAUGAGCUGCAAAUGGCGUUGUGUUUCCGCCGGUUUCUGGAGACGGGCCAAGAGGCCCAGAUGCCGCUCAUGGCGAUGGGUCUGCGGAGACGUCGCGACAUUACUAUUGUCGAGUACAACGAGACAUCAGCUAUCAAAUGUGCUGAAGGCUGCACGUGUUCGUUGAGUACGCAGAAGGAUCGGAAAAAGAUGCUUGCUGCGAAGAGGAAAGGCAAUGAACCAGUGAUCACGGCGGAGCGACAGAAGAUCCACGCCUGGUUUACUCGUGUUGAGGGACCGCUAAAGGCGACUGAUCUGGAAAGUCCAGGAAGUCACGCCUUCCUCUCAGCCAACAGAGGUUUUCCGCAACGGCAAGGAGCCUCACUGUCCUCAGAUUCAUCGGCAAUUCUGUCAUCGGCAUCGUCCAUAUCCUCCAUCUCCUCAUCCUCGCUGACCCCAUCCAGCCCAAGACCUGCAAUCAAUCAACAACUCCAGCCGUCUUACACAUUUCCCCACCACCAGCGUGCCUUAGCAUUACGCGCAGCCAGGUCGAGCGGCGCCCUAAACUUAACGGAUUCAACCAACUUACACCAAAUCCACCCACCGACAGCCUCGUCGUCCCCACAGAGCCCGACACGAGUUCGAGACCCACCGGUGCGGACAUUGCAACCUCCUCCCCUCCAAGCAACCGAACUCAGGCAUAGCAGCAUCCUCCGUUCUUCCCCUUCAGUCCCCAUAAUGCAGAAGUCGCCAAUGACGGCGAAUGCUCCACCGCCUCUACCACAAUCACCCCAGAGGCAACACCCUCCCCGCCAAUCCACGCUCCUGGAAGCAAGAAGCUCCAAUGUCGAAGAUGGGGGUACCCGGCGAGGGAAGCGAAGGAGUAUCUUCGGCAACUUGUUCCGGCGGCGGGAUCGUACAGGGUAG